AUUAUAAAAACAAUGAAUUAAAGGACAUGGAAUUUAAGCCACAUUUAAAACGCAAGAGAAGUAAUUGCCAAGAUUAUCAUAAACUCUUGCCCUUUCCACGCUGCAAUGAAACUGAGCGCUAUCAAGGCUUGUUCACCGGUCUAUGCGUGGAGGUUGCAAAUUCUGAGCAUGCAAAAAUAACAAGUCUUCAUGAUAACGGCUGUUAUGGCAGGGGGAGCAAAUCUCGUGGUGGUCCCAUGUCAGGCGAAUCGGACGAGACGUUGCUACUGGGAUUGGAAGAGUCCUGUUUGUUGGCUUAUUACUUAAAAGUGCUAGAGAUUACGGACAAGUUGGGCAAUCUGUUGGAUUGGCAGGCAUACUUAGCGGCAGCCACAACGCUGGACAAAAAGUUUGUCUUCAAGCUGGCGGCUUACUUGUAUCUAAAAUCCAAAAGUUGGAUUAUCAAAAGUGGCAUAAAAUUUGGCGGAGAUUUUCUCAUCUAUAAGCACGGUCCUAGACAUUAUCAUGCAAGCUUCCUUGUUCUUGUACAGACGCAAGCCCAAAAAUUGUGUACACACUAUGAGCCUAAGAACUUGAAAGGCAUUCAACGCGUUGCCGAAACUUCAGACAAAGAUGUUUUGAUUUUAAAAGUGAAUCAACCCAACGAUUUUGAGCUACUGCCGGCCACGCCGCUUGAACUUAAGGCCCUAACCAUAGAGGAGACUGUGAUACGUCGCUUUAACUACACUUCAUUUGUGCAAACUAAACAAAAACAAUAAUC